AUGCGGUCAAAGUCGGUUUUUUUGUUACUAGCUCUUCCGACGUUGUUAGUUGCCGAGUCGGAAGAACAGACUGGCAGGUUCGUCCGUUUAAACUGUUAAGGUUGUGUUUUUCAUAACCACGUCUUCUAUUUUUCCACAUUCACGAUUUUCAGAAAGCAAAAGCGAGAUGAUUCCGAUAAGGACAAGGUGCGUUGAAUUUCUUGACGAUUCAGAAUUUAUAGCUGUUUUACAUGUUCUUUUUUCUCAGGCCGCUUGCGCAGAGCUCCGUGAGGAGUACAUACGCGUUUGUGCCAAGUCCGCACAACAUAAGAAGGACGCCAAGGAAGAGGAGUUCUGCCAAGCUUUCGACAACAUUUGUCUCGCCGUUUCUCCUGACGACCCGGAUGGUCCAGUUGUGACGUGAGUGCUGGAUUCACCUUCGAAAAAAUAAUUACAACGAGAAUAAUAUGAUCUUCUGGGUUUUUGUUUUUCUCUAAAUCAAGGAGUUUAGAAAAAAGUUUCAAGUGAGCUUAAAACAAUGAGCUCGACGGACGACGAUCGCAGGUAUUGAAGCGUCUCGUGAAUUUUUGAAAGUGAUGCUGAGAAAUGCUUUUUACGUCUUUUGUCUGGACUUUUAUGUGCCUGCUUUUGUCAAUUUGUGUUAAUGGUAUAGAGUCAAGCCUGUAUAGUCAAUUUUUCCUGACUUGACAGGCGAGAUUGGGAAGUAUGACGGCUUUUUGGCAGGAAAAAUCAUUAAAAAAUGUGGAAAAAAGUUUUUUAUUUAUUUUCAUAAGCUUUUUCAAUAGUUAAGUUGUUCAAACCCAUCAAAAUUUUCGAAAAACUUUCAAAAAGGAGUACAAUUUAAAAUGGUGUCGCACGUUUAAUCACAGAGUUCCCAAACGGACGGCAGCUGUGGUCAGUAGCCGUGGCUGACUGCAACAGCUCCCAGGAAACGGUGCGGAGCGCGAGCGAAAAAGUGGGCGUGGCUGAGGUAUCAAGCGCAAUUUUGCCCUUGCGGAAAGCGAGCAAGAGGCUUGCGUUGCGCAAAAAAGGGGAAACAUUUGAGGGCAAGGUUACGGUGCGUUCUACGUACGUGACCACGCAAAAAGUAAUACGGCCAAGCGUUUUUUAUUUGACGUCUGUUCUCAUUUCACUUUUUCAAUUCAAUUUUUUUCUUUUUGUUUUUUUAUUACGGUUCAAAGUACGUUAAACGUUGUUUCCUUUGUUUGCGGGUUGUGAGAAAGUUGGAGAAGAUGAUUCUCACACUUCGUUUAUGAGCAAAUAUCUUUAAUAUGGAAUUGAAGUUUCGUUCAAACUUUUUGUUUUUGGGAUUUUUUUCUCGAAAAGAAGUAGGCAUGCUGGAAAAAGUCGGUCUCUUUUUCAUUGAGAUGUCAACGGUUUUAAAGUACUUAUUUCUUCAUUAUGUGGCGAGUUUGGAACUCAGUUUUUCGGAAAUUCUGGCCUUUAUUCUUACAAAGUUUCCCUCUUUGUCAGAAUUUUUCUAUUUUCGCGAAAAGAAAGUACUCUCAAAUCUCAAUAAACACUAUUUCGCACCUAACAUAUUUUGUUUUCAGGGCAAGUCAAUCAGGUUGAUAGGAAAAUUAAUUGAAAAACACAAAUAAUUUCCUAUAUUAAAGGACCUUCUCGAUCGACCCCUAACGUUAUAACUUUUAUGGGCUCUCUGUUCAGACUGACAAAAAUGUUUACACGACGAGAACCGACGCAAAAUCGCAUCUUUUUCACAAUAUCCACACUGCUGACGUUAUUCAGUUCUUUGAACUUUUUUUGAUUAUGGGUUCCCAAUUGGGCAGCCAGUAUUUGGUUUUUUUCGGCACUCAAAGCCUUACCCCAAUCGAGAAUUUUACACAUUUUGGACACUCAAAAAAGCUAAAAAAAUAACUUCAACAUUUUCAAAAAAAUGCCCACUAUAAAAAAAGCGGCCGACUGUUCCGGCACAUCCACAAGGUUUCUCAAACGUGUUUCAUAUUGGCACCAUGGUAGACUUUCCUUAUUUUUUUGUGUCUAAUCUCAAAAAAAUAAGUGCCGCAAAUCUCAAUGAAGUUCCAUGAAGUAGCUGAAUGGGAAAGUUAGGCUUCACGACAAAAAUAAAAAAAGAAAUUUAAUUUUUUUCUUGCUGUAAAAAAAUUAAUUAAAAAAACUUGAUUUUUGUUGGAGGCUUUUGAUUGCUUGAAUCGAUUGCAUCAACUCAAAAAAGUUUAAUGUUUUAUAAUUUAACGCAGGUUUUGAGCUUGGAUGGUUGGUGUUCAGCUAUUCUGUUUUACAGCUUUUUUUUACAAGAGGAACCGUUUUUUUCUGAUUUUUUUGUUAUGGUCUCUGGGCUUCUAAAAAAAGUGCUCUGUGUUUACAGGUCGUCUUGGCUAGGCGGAGUUUUUUUCAAACAGUUAUCGGUGGGAUAUUAUAAGUUAUUUUUUCAAAAAGCUGAUUUGCAGUAUUGACGUACUGAGUUGAACUACUGCCGGAUAGAAUACGGACUGCGUCUGUGGAAAAUUCGACAAAAACGGAAAAACAUAUUUGUGGUAUAUCUUCCUGUUGUUUCAAUUUUUUUUUUGGUAAACUGCCGUAGAGGGAGAUAGGAAAUAAGGGUAAAUUUAAUUUUUUGGCAAAAACUAUCAAGAAAGUAUUUACGUUCAAAACUUUAUGCAAUGCGCGUCAUAGAAGACCCCCUCUGAAUUUACAGAUAUAUUGGUUGUUCUCAACUAGUUUUCCUGACUCAUAUGGAGCGAUAGCGAUAAGUAAAAUUGACCAUACCCUAAAUAAGGUCAAAGUUUUUGGUUUCCAAGCUUGCGAACGUUUUUUUCGUGCCAAAAAAACUGCGAACUUAAAAAAACCCUUGUUCAGAAGCUCAAAAAAAUUAUUUUUCUCAAUAGUCAUCCAAACGGCAUAUUCAGAAAUUAUUUCUUCCUUAUUUUAAUCAAUAACACGUAUAUCAUAAAAGUCUCACCUAUUCAAGUUUUCCGCAAUAUUUCAUUCAGUAAAUCUAUUUGCUAUCGGAUCUUUAUGUUUACCAUUACCAUAUGUUCAAAAGCAGACUCUUUCUGAUUUCUUUUCUGUGGUUAUUUUCAGGAGGUAUGAAAUAAAAGCCAGUGAAUUUUCGUACGACGACUUUUUCGAUUUUUAAUAUCGCUAGGGAACGUUCCGACCGAUUCUUUUUCCGACUUUUUUUUUUCUCGAUGAGAUAUUCGUUUUCAAUUCUCUUAUAUGAAUAAGAUUGUUGAUUCUUGCUUAAAGAACAAAAAAGGAAAACAAUGUUAAUAGAUUUAUUAUAAACCGCAAAAUAUAAGGGAAAAAGUCGGAAAGGAAUUAUUCGGAAACGUCCCCGUCGGAAAUUUCCCUAGCGAUAUGAAAAAAUCGGAAAAGUCGCCGUUCAAAAUUUCGCUGGCUUUUUUCCAUACCACCAUUUUUCAAGCAAUUUAUUUUUACUACUUUGUACUUUCUGUUACCCAGCUUUGUUUUUUUUAAUGUUUUCUGUUCACUACUGUAUAUGGAAUACUUCGCGACUUGAAAGGCAAAACGAGUAGAUUGAAGCGUUGCAAGCGCGUUGCGGCUUUUUGGAGCUAAACCUGAGGUCCAAGGAGAGCCAUCCAUGUUUUUUCUCAGACUAAAAAAAAAAUUAUUUUCGAUUUUUAUGGUUUUUAAUAAAUUUAGUUGAACGAAUGAAGGUAUAAAAAUUUUUAAAAAACUUACUAGAAUAAGAAUUUUUUUUCUACAUUCGUUCCAUAAACGCGUUUGACCUCGAAUUCUUGCGAAAAAAUGCGUCGCGUACGCAACGCUUCACCUUGCCAAUUAUCCAUCUUGCCUUUCAAGUUGAAUUGAAUAUAAUCUUAUUUUUUUUGUCUACCAGUGAAUGUAUCCUUUUUGUUGAUGAUUUUGUUAUUUAAUGUGGUCGUUAAAUGAUAUUCGAUAAAAUAGAUAUACUGAACGUUGUUCUUACAUGAGAAAUCGCAAUAAUAGAAGCCUCAGUGGUAUUCCUGUAUAGCGAAAAUUCCUGAACCCAAAGGGGCGGGACGAGCCAGGACGAAUUUAGAAGGUCUGCGCAACGCCAGCCACGUUUUUGCGCAACGCAACAACCUUUUUUUUAGGGCAAAUGCGUAGGCAAUGCUUUCCGCAGCUCACUUUGCGCGCGUUCCGCAGAAACCAGCACUGCGCUCCGCAUCGUUUCCUGGGAGAGCGGCACGGUUUAUUGCAAUAGGGGCGCGAAGAUGAGAGUCUAGUUUUGUGGAUUAAAAUAUGAUUUUUUCUGGGUUCUCGCAAGUUUUCAAAGGCUUUCAAUGUGUAUUAAAUGAUGAACAAUCUUUUUAAAAGAAUUUUUCCUGCAUUCGUCUGUUUUGGUAUACUGCGGUUUGAGUUUGGCGCCAAAAAGCCGCGUCGCGUACGCAACGCGUCAUAAUUGCCAAUCUACCCAUCUCGCCUUUCAAGUCGGAAUAGUGCUUCCUCUUCUAGCUUUACAGCUUUUGGGGCUCCUGAAUUUUUUGCGACUAAGCUUUUCUCGCUUAUCAAAAUGGACUGUGUGGAAAAAACUAAAAAAAAAAAUGAAAGAACGAUGCUUCUGGCAGAGACUCUUCAAAAAUUAUUCAAAACCCUUUCCAGAGAGCCUGAACCGAGCAGGAAGAAGAAGAAGAAGCGCAUCGAUUUCACCCGAUUCUGCAAGGAGUUCAAGAACCGCUACCUCUACGUCUGCCCCGACCCUUUCCGAUUCGGCCAAAAAGUCGAGAAAACAACCAUCUUGGCAGCCAGUGUUGAAUGAUGGAUUGCAGGCCAUCGUGUUCUGUCCAAUCUACUCAGAAAGAUGUCACGUUCCGCUGCCCGAUCACCCAGUCGUUCCGACGAGAAAACCAGCCGGAGGCCGAAGUGGCGGCAGCACUGUUGACCAAAUUUGCCGCAGUUAUCGGUGAAUAACCAUUCUGAGAAAAAGCUCAAAAGUAUGAAUUUCAAGAAUUAAGAGUUGUUUUCAGCGGCUUCGCCUUGAACUACUGCAACAAUCCGCUUCUGACGGCCCAGGCUCAGUACAGAACCGCCUGCGACAAGUACUGGCGGUACUGCGGCCAUCGGAACGGAUGA